UGAUCUUGUCCCGAGCGACCGUUAGUGCCGUUCUCGCCGUGUCUCGCAUUUACGCGUUAUUGUUUCGUUUUAAAUGCGUCGCGCGUGCGGCGUAAGUGUCGAGAAUGUUGUGCAAAAUCACGAGGGAUCAUCGCAUCGCGUGAAUUAUCGUACGCGCGAUCGUAAUUGCGAUUUUUCGAUCGGUCUACAAAAGUGAGCGAGUAUCUAGUAACUAGUACAAUGGCGAAACGAUUACGACAACAUAUUACUAUACAUCCAAAUAUAAAUUCGCUCGUUACAUUUAUCACGGGUCAUAGGAAUGUGUUUUCAUUCUCUAUUUCGUCAAAUUCUCGAUGUAUAACCGCGUUAUUGUUUGUAAACGCGUGUGCGCGCAAAAAAAUGUUGAUUACGCAGCCGCGUUUCUCCUGUAUUGACACCCCACACUUCACCUGUCUAUCCUCCCACCUCCCAACUCCCACUCGCGCUACGUCAGACGACGCACGGCGCACGGUACGGCGCACGGCGUGCCGUAACUGCCGUACAGUCAGGGACAGGGAGUGAGCCACAGUCAACGUUUGCCGCUCGUCGCUGUUAGCUGCUAUGUCGCGGCGUGUCAAUCCGUCCCGAUUUCAUUUACAUAUCGAGCGCGCGAAUUAUUUCUUUCGAAACAUAUCGAGUGCGCGAAUUAUUUCUUUCGAAACAUAUCCGUAAAAGUGUUUGUGUCGGACAAGAGCUGUAGGAUACGCACAAGACACGCAUCGAGCUCAGCGUAGCGUCUGGAUCAGCAUAUCGGGUGUCUCGCAGUGAUGGUACAGCGAUGAGCCUGCAGGCCCAGGCUCCAGCCCAGCGAUCUGCGAGGUACUCCCCUCAGGAGACCGUCAAGAUCUACACGGAUUGGGCGAAUUAUUACUUGGAACGAGGAGGUUGCAAAAGGAGAGUGACCGAUCUCCAAGCUGAUCUCUGCGACGGUGUCCUUUUGGCCGACUUGGUGGAGGCUGUCACUAAUCAAAAAGUGAUCGACGUAAACCGAAAACCGAAAAGCGCUCAACAAAUGAUCGAAAACGUGAGCUUGUGUGUGGGAGCACUGCGGGCUCUAGGAGCGGACGUGGGUGCCGUAAACCCGGGCGAAUUGGCGGCAGGAUCAACCCUGUGGCCAGUCCUGGCCUUGCUUUUCGCCUUGUCGCGCUACAAGCAACGAGCCAAGCAGCUACAGGACAUGCCCAAACUACCGUCGCCUUACAACAAGCAGUCGUCGGGGGUUGGCGGCGCUGGGGGUGGUCCAGGGGGUGGCACGAGCAUACCCCUGCCCGCGACCGUCGCUGCCACCAGGAGAUGCCCCCCGGACAAAGUUAGACCGGCUCCGACACCGACGCAUCAAUCGCAACUCGUAGGCCUUAAACACGGAAACGGCGGCGUGGGCAGCGCGAGCAGUUCUAGGAGCACCAGUCCGAGUCAGCAGCAACAAUCCCAGGGUGCUCUUUCGUUUAUUCCGCAACCCAGGAGUCAGAACACGAAUCGACAACCAGCGGCCACUACACCGAGUCCUCGAACAUCUACGGUGGGCCGACCUAACGGGGGCCUAAGGGUUCAACAACAAGCCUUGCCAUAUUCCGGAAACACCACUCCGGCACCUCAGCCAAACAAGAAUUCUGUGCUGGACAAGUUCAAGCUCUUCAACAACAAGGAGAAAAAUCAAGAGCGCGGAAAAGCUUCUUCAGGAGUUUCAAAACGCACUUCGAGCUCUUCUGGAUUUUCUUCAGCGCGAUCUGAACAUUCGGACAGUUCAACUUCUCUAUGUGAUCAAAGCAAAGCGCAAGCUCAAGAAUCGCCAAAAAGUCGCGCGCUGAAAUCGAAACUGCAAUCAGCCAAGCCGGCGAAGCAGGCAAGUCCGAAAACAGGUAGAAAGGAGCAAAGCAAAGCUCAGAGUAAGAUCGCGCGUACGAGCAAGGGCCCGCUAAGCUCCUCGGAGAAGUUGACGAUGCCUUAUAAUAAUCCAGUCAUGGAGCAAGAUGGCAAGAUCGCCGGUAAAGUGGUGGCUACUAAAUUACCAAAUGAUAAGAAAACACCGAAUCUUCAAGAACUAGCAAAGCAACCAGUGGCACAGUCACUAAAGACGAAUCUUUCAACUCUGACGCCGCCUAGACAGAUCAAUCCUCAAGAUAUCAAGAACGUGAACUUGAAAAACGAGCUCCCUACGACAAAAUCUUCACCCAGACCCAAGAUGGAGCUUCCAGGCAAGAUGCCGGACUCGAAAAUUCAUCUGCAAAAUGUGAAAUCACCGCCAAAUGGUUUAAAUAAGGAUUUAAUGAUGCAAAAGGCCAUCUUAGCGAAUACCAACGGUAUCAUUAAGCCGUCCGAAACGGUAGAAAUGCUCACCCGCGAGAAUGACGUCUUUAAUCGUACCCUGAGCAUGAAUGAAGCCAACCUAUCAGACUGCAAGGAUUUUAUGUCAAAGCAGAAAGAACCGGAAGUUUUGGAAGAGCAAACAGAGAUGGAAAGCUUUGAUUUACCAUCAAAGACUCGAGAAUCAAACCAAGACAAGAUUAUUUGCGAGGAAGAAAUCGAAUCUACUGACAUUCCCAAUGAAAAACAGGAUUCUCUGACUGAUCACAUAGAUCCAGUAGCUGAUGAGAAGCCAGCUAAUGCUGAAGAUGGACCCGCAUGUCCUCCCGCGCAGAGCAAUCUGAACUUUGGGCCCAGUAAACCGCUGACAGGCUCGAAUAGUCCUCUUCAAGGUCCGAACAUGGCCGGGCUCAGUCCGAAUUCCAGCAUCCCAAAACCUACCGCUCUCGUGAAGGGUACGUCGAAACCGUCGAAAGAGAGCGGCAUAAUCGGCGGUGUACCGACGCCGACGAAGCCGAAGAGCGGCGACACUCUUCAUCGCAAACUUGAUCCCAAUACAGUAGCGAUGGUGUCGCCGAUGCCGAGUAUCUCAGACCUCAUGUCUGAAAGCUCACACAGCAAUUCUAACAGCACCGGGCAGAGUAAUUCGAGCGACAGUAGUGUGAUUUAUAGACCGAGCAGCGAGAGCGGCAGCGAGAUCAAGACGAUUCCCAAUCGGAAGAUUGAUACUACAUUCGAGCAAUUGGAGAAGGUGCUGUCAGAGAGUUCAACAUGCGGCGGUACCUUAGCGGACGACGAGGCCGAGAUGACAGUAAAACCCAUGCAGCCUCUUCUGCGUGGUUACACACCCGGGGCUCGGGGCCUGCAGACCCUUCCGAGUCGCACGACGACCCGACAAUAUACUGUUCUACAUUCAUCAUCGCAUCAUCAUGUUAGUGGUCACCACGACUACGCUGACGUAGACGUCGCUUCCGGUUAUCUGAGUGACGGUGAAGUGCUGCGUGGUGGCAUGAACGUCGGCAGCAGAACCCUAUCUGAUCUGUGCGACGGAUACAUGUCCGAGGGUGGCGCGUCUCUAUAUGCACGCAGACUCAAUCCUUCCUAUAGUCACGAACACGACAGGUACGUGAGCAGCUCGCGACGAGAACUGUCGGGGGUGAAGGAACUAGUGACCUCGAGGCGGGUGCAGAAGAGUCGACCGUCGGGGGUCGCGAGGUCGGAUGGCGGUUGCAUUGGAAGCGUUGGUCUGGGAAGCGGUAGCGCCGGCGGCAACGGCGUCGUCGGCGGCGUUGGCGGCGUCGUCGCCGGCGGUCUUCUAGGCGGUUGCAGCGGCGGGAACGACGCCUUGGCGGAGCUCACGAUUGAGGAGCUGGCCUCUAUUCCCGCCGGAAAUCACACCUCCGCCAAUCACACGGGACAUUCCUCUCAUCACAAGAGGGUGCCAGGCGGAGGGGGCGUGAUUGUGGGGGGUGGCGGAGGUUCGGCCACCCCCCAAGGGGCGCAGCAAGGUAACAGUCAUAACCUGAUGUACCGUGUGGUGGGCUCACGCGGACAUCCCGGCGGUCACCAUCCGCACGUAAAAAAGUCCGACAGCUCUCAGCAAACCGAGAGCUCGGCCUUUAAGCACCAGCAGCAGCAACAGCAACAGCAGCAGCAGCAAGGUUCGAACAGUUCUAGCAACAGCUCCAACAGCCAACAAUGGAAGAAAUAUAUCGAGGCGGGUGCCGCAAGGGAGAGAGACAAGGAGGGUGCACCUCCCAGUCCUAGUCCCUCCAGAAGAUCGCAGGAUAAGCAUCGGAAGCAGGCCAUGGCCGAAUAUGCGAAUGGCGAGAAACCACAGAAAGUUUCGUCGGGUACGUCAACCAGCGGAAGUAGCAAGGUUCGCGGGGUACCGCAAAGUUUCGGCUACGUUAAAAGGCACAGUGCGGGCACUAGUCCGAGUCCCAACGGUGUUCAAAAUGGCAACAAGGACGCCACUAGGACGGCUCAAGUUAGCGCUGUGCCAAGGACCAAGGUUAAAGUAUCCGGCGGCACGCAAACGUGCACGACGGAAUUGCAAGCCAACUCUUCAGGAUCCAACCAGGGUCACCACUAUAAGAGCUAUAGUCUCACCGGUCCCAGCGCCAGUCAGCUCUCUCAAUCAGUCCGGGAUCGUCUCAUGUUGGGCUCUCAGAGUCUGCCGAAGCCAGGCAGUCCAGAAUUCACCGCUCUCUUCGCCUCCGCUCAUCAUCGCGAGAGAGGAACUGGUGUUGGACCGGCGAGUACCUCAUUUUCACCCCGAGUACUGAAACCGUCUGACGGUAGUCUCAGUGAUACGUGCAGUAAUUAUGCAGCACCUGAUCUUCAAGGCUACUACGGCACGCCCAACAGUCCUUAUACCACUUCGUGGAUGAGACAUAGCAAUACCUACACGCCUAGCGGACGAUCUCAAGGGAUGGGUUUAUGCGAGGCAGACAGCGUGGAAUCAUUAGGCUCGCAUCGCGCGAGCUUAACACAUGCCCGUCUCUUAAUGCAUCAAAGGGACUCUACAGGAUCUCCGGCACCGCCCAGGUUAAACAGGAGUAACUCCAUCAGCCAUCUGCGGGACAGGACAUUCCCAAGGUAGUGCGAUAGUAUACACUCGGCGAGCCCGGUUUUCAUGCAUAAGUAUCAAAAAACACAGAGUCGUAACACACACAUACGCACUCAAGAAUCGCUCUCACACGCACCCGCGGAUUUUUUAAGACCCAAGUUCGAUCGAAUCCUCGCAUUCGAAGAUUUUUCACAGUGUAUAUUAAUAACAAUUUUAGAAUCUAGGAACAGAGCUUUCAAAAUCUUUAAAUUUGAAAAGUUACAGAAAAACAAUUGAUUUUUGAAAUCGAAAAUCAUAAAUUUUAAAAUCUCUGAUAUUUCCAGAAUCUCUCUAUUUUAGAAUAUAAAAGUCUAGAUUCUAAAAUUUUUAGAUUUAAAAAUUAUAGAUUCUAAAAUAAUUGGACCCUCGAUUUUUUAGAUUCUUAGAUUUUGAAAUGUAGAGUAAAUUCUAAAGUUUUUAGUUUUAAAGAUCAUAAAUUCUAAGAUUUAUUGCAGCCUCGACUCCUAGAAUCUUUGGAUUCUAUGAUCUAGGAGCCUGCAUUAGAAAUAUGCAUGUUCCAAAAAUUUUGAAAUUAUAGACUUCAAAAUAUUAGAGAUCUUUCUGGAAUAACGAAGAAUCAUAAAUUCUAAAAUCUUCCACUUCUAGAAUCUUUGACUUCUUAGAUUCUGGAUUUUCCGAAGAUUACAGGACUCACUCUAUCACGCAAAUAUAAUUCACCGAGUGUUUUCCACGUGUCCUCGACAUAUUGUGCUGAUAGUUAUUCCUGUCGCAGAUUCGACGUUGCCUAUUGUGCCAAAGUACAUCUUUCAAUCGUGUUGCUUGUGUAGCUGCAUGCAUGCGCGAUGCUUCAUCAAUAUUCUAGGCCAAGAUUGAAAGCAGAAUAUAUAUCUGCUAUGUACUUAUUCAUUAUCUGCUGUAUACUUGCUCACCAUCGUUAUAUAAGAAUAUUACAUAACUUCAGAAUCAUAAUCACGUUUGAUUAAACGAACAAUAUUUGAAUAUGAAAAUAAUGAUAAAUUUAA